CUCACACAGAGCUUAUCUCUCAACAAGUGCCCGUGGAGAGAGAUGGCCCCAAGGAAUGCGUCAUUUAAGAUAAUCCUGGGUUCGUCUUCGAUGGCUCGUCGACAAAUUCUAUCUGCGAUGGGUUUCGAAUUUACAGUCAUGGUACAUUUGACUGCAGAUAUAGAUGAGAAAAGCGUGAGGAAAGAAAAGCCAGAGGACCUGGUGAUGGCUCUAGCUGAGGCGAAGAGGGAAUUGGAAAGUCUCAAUGCUAAAGGAAAAUGCAGAGGUCUUUCAAGUAAUGUUUCCAAUAUUCGUCCAGCUUUUCAUGACAAGCGUGCGGAUGCUAUAAUAUCGAGGCUGAAGAAUACCAGUUAUCUGGGGGAAAAAGAACAGCCUGUGCUGUUAAUUACUGCAGACACAGUAGCGGUGUUUGAAGGGACUGUCAGAGAAAAACCUUCAAGCAAGGAAGAGGCUCGCAAAUAUCUCCGAGACUAUUCCAGAGGUCAUACUUCAGUUUUGGGUUCCGUUGUUGUAUCCAACCUAACAUCAGGUAACAGAAAGGGAGGAUGGGAUAGAGCAGAGGUUUAUUUCCACGAGAUACCAGAUGACGUUAUAGAUAACCUGAUUGAGGAGGGGAUAAUACUCAAUGUUUCUGGAGCCCUGAUGCUUGAACACCCACUGACAUUGCCCUUUGUUGACACAGUGAUAGGCACUGCUGAUCAUGUCAUGGGGCUUUCAAAAGCUCUCACAGAAAAGUUGAUUCAGGAAGCCCUGUAGCUGCUCUCGUGUUUUCCAACUCUUACUGCAUCUUCAGCUUCUAUUGCAAUGUACUGAUGCAGUCACACUCACACCACCACCAGAGCUGACCAUUAGGUGCUUCUAAAUAGCCAUAUCGUCAUAAUAGUCCUCCUGCUUGUCUUUCCAGAUAUGUUUAGGCUCGACAGAGUUUUUCCAUUUUGUAUCUUGAUUCAAAAUGAAUGUUCUAAGAAAACCAUUUAUCUUGAUUGUUACCAA